GAGCGGCAGGCAGCAAAGAGACCGACCAGGGUCUAGGCGUUUUGCCCAACAAUACGCAUACAUGCCUCCGCAAACUCCCCAAACCCGAGAAGGCCCUAUCGCAACACUCUCACAUGCGCAGAUGGCUCCCACACGGCAAGCGCAGGCACGCCAGGUUCAAGAUUAUCCAAACCCAUCCAUGAUGCCACCUCUUGCCACCCGUCGCGAAGUACAAGUUCAGAUGAUAAACCAAGACUUCGGCACGUUGAAGGGAACUGCUCAGCGGGACCAUCAACGACAACAGAUGCCCCCACCGCCUGUGCCUCAAUCACAAAAGAAUGGGCUGCAACAACGCGAUUCCUUCCACCUUCUUGGUUCUGGCUCGUCUCAACCGAAGACAACAAACGCCAGCUCCCUCCGCCGCUUCGUCCCCCCCACCCCUGCCCGGACUGGAGAUACCUCUACAUCCAGCCGAAGAUUACUGCAGAAGCCCGCUCAGCAACACGGAUUUCAGCCUCAGCGUUUCUUACCUCCGGCUCAAACUGGCGGCUUGCAAGGCUUGUCUGGUGUCUCGACUGCCGAUGUCCAUGUCAACCAAACACCAGUCUCUGUAUCAAAAGUGUCAUCUCGUGCGCCCUCCGUGG